CGUCCCUUCCCUCGGCCGACCGGGUCUCGUGGCGCGCCGACCAGCCUCUCCUCCGCCUCGAUUUUCUCCUGCAACGGCACGAAGGUUGAUCUGCAGUGUGAUGUGAUAACGCCAGUAGGAUGUCGCGAUCGUAUCAAAGACCGGAAAAUGCCCUCAAACGGGCGAGCGAAUUUAUCGAUGUGGGGAAACCCAAUCGAGCCCUUGAGGUCCUCUAUGAGGUCAUCAAAAGGGGCAAGAUGCGCAGCUCCUACUCGGAGAAACUGCUUGAGCCCAUUAUGUUCAAGUACUUGGAGCUGUGUGUUGACCUGAAGAAGUCUCACCUUGCCAAGGAGGGUCUUUACCAGUACAGGAACAUCUUCCAGAGUGUAAAUGUAUCCUCCUUAGAGACUGUUGUGCGUCGGUACUUGUCUUUGGCAGAGGAACGUACAGACUUUGCCCGCAGAGAGAGUCAUCAGGCUGUUGUUGACAUUGAUGACUUGGACAACCUUGCAACUCCUGAAGAAAUUUUGCUAUCUGCUGUCUCAGGAGAGGAUGCACAGGAUCGAAGUGACAGGACUAUCCUUACUCCAUGGGUCAAAUUUCUAUGGGAAAGUUAUCGCCAGUGCUUGGAGCUUCUUCGCACUAAUUCUCGUGUUGAACGACUGUAUCAUGACAUUGCCAAGCAGGCUUUCAGGUUCUGCGAGAAGUACAGCCGCAAGACAGAGUUCCGUAAACUAUGUGACAAUUUGCGAACUCAUCUGUCACACAUCCAGAAGCAGCAGGGGUCUGCAACAGCUGUUAAUCUCAAUAAUCCAGAGACACAACAGAUGAAUCUGGAGACCCGUUUAGAGCAACUCAACUAUGCUAUUAAAAUGGAACUGUGGCAAGAGGCUUACAAAGCCAUUGAAGAUAUUUCUGACUUGAUGAAUAAAUCUAAGAAGAUGCCAAAACCACAUGUGAUGGCCUCCUAUUACCAGAAAUUGUCACUUGUGUUCUGGAAAGCUGGCAAUCAGCUCUUCCAUGCUGCAGCACUCUUCAAGCUCUUUCAGCUUUUGAGGGACCAGAAGAAAAACAUUACAAGUGAGGAGCUUGGCAAGCGAGCAUCCAUAGUACUGAUUGCUACCUUAGCGAUCCCUCUUCCAUCUGCUCACCCAGAGUUUGAUCGAUUUAUUGAAACUGAGAAGUCUGCCUUGGAAAAGAUCGAGAAGCUUGCAACUCUUCUCUCUUUGCCAAAGCCACCAACACGUAUAUCACUUAUCAGAGAUUUAAUCAGAUUCAAUGUUGUGAGUGCAGUCCCUCAAGAAUUGCAGAAUCUCUAUCAGUUGAUGGAGGUAGAGUUUGACCCUCUACAUCUUUGCAACCGAAUGCAGUCAAACCUUGAAUGGAUUCAGGAGCAUCCAGAACUUGGGUUAACCCAGUAUGUGCCAGCUCUGCAAGAGAUGACAAUCACAAGGCUUGUGAAGCAAGUUGCUCAGAUAUAUCAGUCCAUCACCUUCAAGAGGUUGCUGGAACUUAGUGUGUUCAUUGAUGGAUUCCACCUGGAACGUAUCUUGGUGGAUCUUGUGCGCCACAAUGACUUGCAGAUACGAGUUGACCAUCGUAGUGAAUGUGUACACUUUGGAGCCGACUUGAGUGAGUCUCAGCGUGAAGAUCUGCCAGAGGGACCCAUGCUCCAGUCUCUUCCAUCUGAGACGAUCAGGUGCCAGCUGGUGGAGAUGAGUUCAUCUUUGCAGUCGUGUGUUGCUCUUAUUGUCCCUGAGAGUAAGAAGAAUGAAAUGGAACCCAUGAGGGCCCAGACAAUCCAAUGCUACCAGCAAACUAAGCAGCGUGAACACAUGAAGAUCCUUCAGCGACAGCACAUUAUUGAAGAAAGAAAGGAGAUGUUGGAAAACCAAAACCUUGAGCGUGAAGAGUCCAUUCGUAGGGCUCAGGAAGAACAGUUGAAGAAACAGAAGGAGGAAGAGCAGUUACGUCUUGAACGAGAAGCCAGUCGACGUGAAAAAGCUCGGCAAGAGGAACAGCUGAAACAGAUCCAUACCAAGCAGAUUAAGGACAGGCUUAUUCAGAUCUCCCAGACUUCAUAUGGCCAGAAGAUGAUGGAGAAGUUUGAUGAAGAGACCCUUAUUGGGUACUCAGGCUCCCCCAGCAGUUCCUCAUAUAUGGAAUUACUGAACCUUGGUGCUGAGGAGAUUUUGCAGAGGCAAGUAGAGGAACUGGAGAAGGAACGGAAGGAACUGAAUCAAAGACUAAAGGCCCAGGAGAAGAAAGUUGACUACCUUGAGAGAGCAAAGAGACUGGUGGAAAUCCCAAUGCUUAAGGAGCUAUUUGAAAAAGAGAAGGAGAAGGACAAAGAGUUCUGGCAGGCACAAGAGCAAGAACGCGUACAAAAGCUGGUAGAGGAACAUGAAAUUAGUCUUCAGCACUGCAAACGACUGUGCCGCAUGCACACUGAUAGAGACGAGUUCCUUAACCAACUAAAGUCUUCACGACGAUCAGAAAUAGAAAAGAAGCUUAAUGACUUUAAUGCACGUCUUGAAGUAGAACGAAAGAACAGGCUAGCUGAAAGAAAGGAGCAGAGGCGAAGAGAGCGACGCGAAGCCUACUACAGGAAGAAAGCUGAGGAAGAACAACAGCGCAGAGAUGAAGAGCUCAAGAAGGCAAGAGAGGAUGCGGAGCGACUGGAAAGAGAGCAGAGGGAGAGGGAAGAGCAGGAGUACUUAGCAAGAAAGGCAGCUUUGGAUCGUCAAGCAGAAUUGCAGAGAGAACGUGAGAAGGCCAUAGAAGAGAAGCAAAGAAUGGACCGAAGUGCACCUGAAAGGUUUACUCGUCGCACUGAGGAUUCUGGCUGGCGGCGUGGUGGCGGAGGAGGAGAAGAGCCCAAGGAAGAACAUCAGGACCAAGAGGGUGACACCAAUGAAAGACCUGGAGUAUGGAGAGCUGGAGUUGGUACUUGGCGUGAGAAGGAAAAGGAGAAACUUGAUGCUUGGCGUAAAAAGGAUGAAGAAAGAGAAGAGCCUGAAGAACGCGAACCCAGAGACCGUGGAAACAAAGACAUUAGGACGGAAGAGCCACCUCAACGUGACCGUGGCAACAGAGACAUUAGAGAGCAGCAACCACGAGAGCCAGAACGACGUGGAUUUGGAAGAGAUAGAGAUGACCGCUUUGGCAGGGAUCGUGAGGAGCGAGGAGGUUUUGGAAGAGACCGAGAUGAACGUGGGUUCGGAAGAGACAGAGAAGAGCGUGGAGGCUUUGGAAGAGAACGCGAGGAGCGUGGAGGCUUUGGAAGAGAACGUGAUGACAGGGAUGGUGCAAGUGACUGGCGUCGUGGACCGCCAAGAUCUGAUCGUGACUUCGGGCGUGGUGACCGCGAUCGUGACAGGGACUUUGGCAGAGGUGAUCGUGACAGGGACUUUGGACGAGGAGACCGGGACAGGGACAGGGACUUUGGACGAGGAGAUCGUGACAGGGACAGGGAAUUUGGAAGAGGAGACAGAGACAGAGACUUUGGACGUGGAGGUGACCGUGACCGUGACUUUGGACGUGGUGAUGACCGUUUCCGCAGGGGUGAAGACCGAGACAUGGGACGGGGUGACCGUGGAUUCAGUCGCCGCAUGGAUGAUGAUAGGCGUGGACCCUCAAGAGCAGAUGAAGGAGGUUCUUGGCGAUCAUCAGGACCUCCUCCUACCAGAGACAGACGCGAUGACCGUGGAGGUGACCGGAUGGAAAGACGGGAUGAUAAACGCGGUGGUGGUGGUGGUGGUGGUGGUGGUGGAGGAGGAGGAGGCGGUGGAGGCAACUCCUGGCGUUCACGCGAGGAAGCACGCAAAGAAGAACCUCGUGAAGAGAAGCCGCGUCCAUCCCGCGAAGAAGAUGAAGAUGGCUGGACUACUGUGAGGCGCUAGCUCAAAUGAAAUUGUCCUUGCAGAGGCUUCAUUGAAGGAUUAUUCACUGUCUUGAUUAUUAGAUACUAUGUUUGAGAAGUCAAAAUUUAAGUUGAAACUAAAAGAAAUAAUGGAAGACUGAAGGUUAAUGUCUGGAUUUUUAUUAUUAUUAUUAGUCAUUUUUACAGAAUUUGGUGCUAUCAUGAAUUAAAAGGAUCUGCUAUAAGAAAGAAUAAUCAAGAACCCUAACAUAUAAGAGAAAAAAAUCUGUAAAUGAAGCAGAUUCUUGUGUAGAUGCUUUUUAGGUGUGGCGCCUAGUGUCUAAAUUUUAUCAGGAUAAAUACUGCCUUGAUACAAGGUGAAAAAGUGGAAGAAGGAAAUGUUAGAUAACCAAUUUGUAGUUUUGCAAAUAAUGAAAUGAUAGGAUUAAGUGUAAUGCCAUGUUUCUUUUGUAGAAUUUCUCACCUUAUCCCAUACUAUUAAACAAAUUAUGUAGAUUGUCAUUACUAUAAUAUGAGCAAGACUGUUAUAUAAAUGGGCUUUAUGUGCAGACUUCUGCUUUUAUAAAUGUCAAGAGCGUGUCUUGUACUUUUAAUCAAAUCUUCAUAAGGGAAGAAAUUGUGCCCACACAGUCCUACUUAGCUAUGUUUUCCACUGGAGUGUGAACUCUUUCUCUUUUGUGAUUUUUUUAUUGUGUAUCUUGAUAACUUUGAGUAUCUUCAACAGUCUAUAUUACCACCACAUCAUUUAAAGGAUUAGGUAUAUAGUAAUUAAGCGCUGUUUCUUAACCAAGAGAAUAUCACCAGUGAUUGUUACUCGUUUAUGUUGAAUUGAAGGCUGAGUUGUAAUAUAUCAUGACUUGUUUUCCUUGGAUGAGAAGCUAUCUGCUUUGUAGUGGUCAAACUAUUAUCAAUAAAGGUAGUGGUCUCCUA